AUGAACAGUUUCGUCACUUGUUUAAUACCAGGUUGCGAAAAGGGCUACUUCAGACAUCCUUCCAGCAAGACAUCAGGAUUUUUUGAAUCUUAUUCUGGUAAAACAUAUGACCAGUGUGCGACGCUAUGUACGGCAGCCGCUAACUGUAAGGGUUUUGUUUAUAAUAGUAUAACCUCACUAUGUAACCUGGCUGCCAAUGACGACCCAACUCCGGUUCUCGACUCUCCACAAUGGACGUUUUCAGAAAAGAUGUGUCUCUCUGAACUUCUGCUGUUGUUGCCUACAACGGAAGAUGUAACCACAACAAAGGAAAUACAAACCACUGUUCCAUCUCUCAUAACUCGUGAAACAACGACAGUUGUCACCACGACAACAGAAACAGAAACCACUGUUCCAUUUCAAAUAACUCAUCAACCAACGACAGAAGUCACCACGACAACGGAAAUAGAAACCACUGUUCCAUUUCAAAUAACUCAUCAACCAACGACAGAAGUCACCACGUCAAAGGAAAUAGAAACCACUAUAACUCAUGAAACAACGGUUAUUUCAACCAAGGCGGAGAAGACAACAAAGACGGAUAUCACACAGUCUACCAUGGUAUCUACAGUCUUAACCGAAAUUACUACAGUCGCAACUAAAAAGAUAACAACAGAAUCACCAGCAACAUCAUCGUUUGUAACCAGUGAACUAACAACUGAGAAAACGACAGCUUUAAUUACAAAACAAAUGACACCUGCCUUUAUUUCUUCGUAUUGCACAUGUGUCUGUGAAGAAACUACGGAAACAAUUUCCAAACGUAUAGCUGAAAGAAAGCAGGACCUGAAACUGGAUCGUCGCAGGCUAUCGGCCUACACUAGGAAGCUAUAUUGUGCCCACGACAAUAGAACAUCGUCCACUAACAUCGGCUAUGUAGGAGUUGUUGUUCUUCUUUUGUGUGGAUUUUUCAUUUCCUUUCCGGAUAUUAUAAGGAUUAUAAGGCUUUUAGAUAAAUAA